CCCCGCGGCGCGGCCCCGGCGGCGGAGCAUGGCGGGCGCGGGGGGCGCGGGGGGCGCGGGGGGGCCGCCGCCUCCGCCGCCGCCGCAGCCGCCCUGGUACCACCGGGACCUGAGCCGGGCCGCCGCCGAGGAGCAGCUGGCCCGGGCCGGGCGGGACGGCAGCUUCCUGGUGCGGGACAGCGAGAGCGUGGCGGGGGCCUACGCGCUCUGCCUGCUGUUCCAGAAGCACGUCCACACCUACCGCAUCCUGCCGGACGAGGAGGACUUUUUGGCUGUGCAGACGUCGCAGGGGGUGCAGGUGAGACGCUUCAAGACGCUGAGCGAGCUGAUCGCCCUGUACCUGCAGCCCAACCAGGGGCUGGUCUGCACCCUCCUCUUCCCCGUCGAGAGGGAGAAGGAGAAGGAAAACGUGGAGGACAGGGACUACUCGGAUGGAGAGGAUGAAAAGCCCCCGUUACCGCCACGCUCCGGCUCCACCAGCUUCUCCAGCACCUCGGCAGGGCUCAGCCCCACCGGCCUGGGGCCGGCUGUGCCAGAGGGGAUGGCGGAGAGCACCAAUGGCCUCAGCAGCAUCUCCCACGAGUACCUGAAGGGCAGCUACACGCUGGACCUGGAGGCAGUGAAGGGGGGUGCCAGCAGCCUCCCCCACCUCAACAAGACCCUCGUCACCUCCUGCAAAAGGCUACACAGCGAGGUGGACAAGGUGCUGGCGGGGCUGGAGAUCCUCUCCAAGGUCUUUGACCAGCAGAGCUCCCCCAUGGUCUCCAAGAUCCUGCAGCAGACGGCGGGGCAGAGCGGGGAGCAGGAGCUGGAGAGCCUGGUGCUGAAGCUCUCCGUGCUGAAGGAUUUCCUCUCCAGCAUCGAGAAGAAGGCGCUGAAAGCCCUGCAGGAGAUGAGCUCGGCCGCCCCCGCCGCCCCCGCCCAGCCCCUCUCCCGCAAGGCCAAGAGCAUCCCGGUGCAGACCUUCGAGGUGAAGCUGGACGUCACCCUGGGCGACCUGACCAAGAUCGGCAAGUCGCAGAAGUACACGCUGAGCGUGGACGUGGAGGGGGGGAAGCUGGUGGUGCUGAAGAAGCAGAAGGACUCCCAGGAGGAUUGGAACACCUUCACCCACGACAAGAUCCGGCAGCUGAUCAAGUCGCAGCGGGUGCAGAACAAACUGGGCAUCGUUUUCGAGAAGGAAAAGGAUAAAACGCAACGGAAAGACUUUGUUUUUGUCAGCGCCCGGAAGCGAGAGGCUUUCUGCCAGCUCCUGCAGCUGAUGAAGAACAAGCAUUCCCACCAGGACGAGCCCGACAUGAUCUCCAUCUUCAUCGGCACUUGGAACAUGGGCAGCGUGCCCCCGCCCAAGAACAUCACGUCGUGGUUCACCUCCAAGGGUUUGGGGAAGACGCUGGACGAGGUGACGGUCGCCAUCCCCCACGACAUCUACGUCUUCGGCACCCAGGAGAAUUCCCUGGGGGACAAGGAGUGGGUGGAUUUCCUCCGCGCCGUGCUGAAGGACUUCACGGAGGUCGAGUACCGCCCGGUGGCCAUGCAGUCCCUGUGGAACAUCAAGGUGGUGGUGCUGGUGAAGCCGGAGCACGAGAACCGCAUCAGCCACGUCAGCACCUCCAGCGUCAAGACGGGGAUCGCCAACACGCUGGGGAACAAGGGAGCCGUGGGCGUCUCCUUCAUGUUCAACGGCACCUCCUUCGGCUUCGUCAACUGCCACCUCACCUCCGGCAACGAGAAGACGGCACGGAGGAACCAGAACUACCUGGACAUCCUGCGCCUGCUCUCGCUGGGGGACAAGCAGCUCAGCUCCUUCGACAUCUCCCUCCGCUUCACCCACCUCUUCUGGUUCGGGGACCUCAAUUAUCGCCUGGACAUGGACAUCCAGGAGAUCCUCAACUACAUCAGCCGCAAGGAGCUGGAGCCGCUGCUCAAGGUGGAUCAGCUCAACCUGGAGAAGGAGAAGCACAAGGUCUUCCUGCGCUUUGGCGAGGAGGAGAUCACCUUCCCCCCCACCUACCGCUACGAGCGGGGCUCCCGGGACACCUACGUCUGGCACAAGCAGAAGCCCACGGGGGUCCGCACCAACGUGCCAUCCUGGUGCGACCGCAUCCUCUGGAAGUCCUACCCUGAGACUCACAUCAACUGCAAUGCCUAUGGGUGCACGGAUGACAUCGUCACCAGCGACCACUCGCCCGUCUUCGGCUCCUUCGAGGUGGGGGUGACGUCCCAGUUUGUCUCCAAAAAAGGGCUCUCCAAGUCCUCCGAGCAGGCGUACAUCGAGUUCGAGAGCAUCGAGGCCAUCGUGAAGACAGCCAGCCGCACCAAGUUCUUCAUUGAGUUUUAUUCCACCUGCCUGGAAGAGUUCAAGAAGAGCUUUGAGAACGACAGCCAGAGCAGCGACAACAUCAACUUCCUCAAGGUGCAGUGGUCGUCCCGGCAGCUGCCCACGCUGAAGCCCAUCCUCUCCGAGAUCGAGUACCUGCAGGACCAGCACCUCCUGCUCACCGUCAAAUCCCUCGACGGCUACGAGUCCUACGGGGAGUGUGUCAUCGCCCUGAAGUCCAUGAUCGGCAGCACGGCGCAGCAGUUCCUCACCUACCUGUCACACCGGGGCGAGGAGACGGGCAACAUCCGUGGCUCCAUGAAGGUCCGGGUGCCCGCCGAGCGCUUGGGGACCCGUGAGAGGCUCUACGAGUGGAUCAGCAUCGAUAAGGACGAGACGGCAGCCGGCAAAGGGAAGGUGCCGCUGGGUGCCAGAGCCAACCAGGACUAUGCCAAGUCGGUGGGACGGAAGCCCACCGGUGCCGAGCUGCCUGCUGCCGCCCCGGCAAAGCUCCCGGAGGAGCCCGAGAAGGGCAGCGCCGCGCCAGCCCCCCGGCCCCCCGCCCCGCACCGCGGCACCAGCAGGGAUGACACUGCCCCGAGCCGGUCCAAGGUGGAGGCGACGCCGGAGCCAGCGGUGGGGCCGUUGAAGAACAGCUUCAACAACCCAGCGUACUACGUGCUGGAGGGGGUCCCGCACCAGCUGCUGGCGCCCGGGGACCCCGGCAAACCCCCCGCCCCCAAAGCCAAGGUGCAGCUGGCGGUGCCCGAGCGACGCCGGCACCCUUCGGCCGGGCAGCCGCCGGCAUGCCGCGGUGAGGAGAGCUCCUCGGACGAGGACGCCGGCACCCUCAACCUGCCGCCGCCGGAUUUCCCCCCGCCGCCGCUGCCGCGGGAGCUGGAGCUGCCCCCCAACCCCUUCUAUGCCGGCGCCAAGGAGCUGCCGGCGCCCACCGGGCGCGAGGAGCCCAAACCGCGGCCGGCCGCCGGCGGUGCCGCCUUCGGCGAGUCCCCCCCGCCCAAGCUGCACCCCCGGACCCCGCCGUCUGCCGGGGCUGGCUUUGGGCUGGAUGGGCCCGGCGGGACCCCCGCACCCGGGGGGCUGCCUGCACCCGGGGGGCUGCCAGCGGCGGGGGGGCUGCUGGACGACCGCUCCUGCUCGGUGCUGCAGAUGGCCAAGACGCUGAGCGAGGUGGACUACGCCGGCGGGAAGGGGAGGGCGGCCCCCCCACCGCCACUGCUUGCCAAGGGGGGGCGGUUGGAGCUGCCCCCCCGCUGCCUGCACCCCGACUACGGCCGCCCCCUUGCCUUCCCCCCGCACUCCAUCCGGGAGAGCAUCCAGGAGGAUUUGGCUGAGGAGGCGCUGUGCCAGGCGGGCCGUGGCGUGGGCGCCGUGCCCGGCGUGGGCGAGUGGCUGCGAGCGCUGGGGCUGGAGCGGUACGAGGAGGGGCUGGUGCGCAACGGCUGGGACGACCUGGAGUUCCUCAGCGACAUCACGGAGGAGGACCUGGAGGAGGCCGGCGUGCUGGACCCCAGCCACAAGCGCAUCCUCCUGGAGAGCCUCCAGCUCCGUAAAUAGCUGCGGCCGAGGGUCCCGCAUCCCGCGGCCGAGGGUCCCGCAUCCCGCCAGCACCAGCGCAGCCAGCAUGAGCAGCCGGCGGGAGCACCGGGACCCCCGUGGCCACCCCCUGCCCUGGGUGCUGGGUAACGGGGGCGGGGUGGGGGUUCUUGGGAGGGAGGGAAGGGGAGGCGGCGGGUCCUGGUCAGACAAUUUCAGGGGGGGGUCCCGCCGCUGGGGCCUCCCCUCGUUUAAGUUAUUUCUUAUUUAUUGAGAGAAGGAAUGAGCAUUCGUCUUGUGGGGGGGGGGCCCUGUGGUCGGGGGAAGGUUUUUGGGGUGAACCCAGGGAACCUCUGGCGCCCACCGUGGCCCCUCACAGCCUGGGAGGAGGAAGAGGAGGAGGAGGAAGCUGUGAGCAAAGUCGUGUUUCAACCCAAGUGCCUUCGUGAUGCCCGGCUGGUGCUGAGCUGGGAUGUGGGGCAGGAUGGGAUUGUGGAGGCUCUGCUGGCCCCCACGGACGACACCGGGCAGAGCUCGGGGUGCCCCUCCCCACCCUGGGGGUCCCCUCCCCACCAUGGGGGUCCUGCCGCAGCAGAGCUGGAUCAGUGCCUUCGCCCAACCCCCCUCCCCGCCCCUAGCCACCACCAGUGCCUCCGGGAUGUCCCCCCCAGCUCCCAGGUCACCCAUUAGGUACUUGCUGGAUCCGUCCCCUCCGGGGGGCUGCGUCGCCCUCGGUGGCAGCGGGGCUGGCACCCACGUCCCCCCAUGGGUGCUCAGCCCCCAGCCUCACCAAGUGCCCUUCCGGGGUGGGUGCGCAGGGUCGGGGUCCCCAGAACGGGCGUGUGCAGGGUGGGGGUCCCCCAGCUGUGCAUCCACCCACUUUCCCUGCCUGGUGAAACCCCCCAGCCCAGCUCCUCGGACCCCCGGGACCCCCAGCCUCCCCGCCCAGGCCCCGCUGCUGCCGCUCCGGCUGAGAUGAAGGAUGGGCCGGACCCCCGCCGGCAGCCCCCUCCCCCCCCGCCCUUCGUUAGCUAACGGGGCGUUUGGUGUGAACUUAAUCCUACUAAAAAUGCGUCGUGUUGUGCUCCGUAGUUUGGUGGAUUGUGGUUUUUAAAUCAUGAGCUAUUUUUUUAAUGUUCAA